AUGCGAAUUGCCAACUUAUGGUGCAUCGACUCUCUAGGUGUGCAAGACAGUCCUGACGGCAGCCAAAGCGACAGCAACUCCCUUGAAUUGUUCGAAAAUGACGUGUCCAAGAAAGGAGAGCGCUACGAGGUUCCCCUUCUUCUUCGGGAGCCUGGUCUGGAAACCGGCCAAAGCAACUACGACCUCGCUAAACAGCGGCUCCUGAUGCAGCUCCGUCGCUUCCGACAGCAACCAGACCUUCUUGUUCAUUAUGACGACACCAUCAAGGCAUACUUCAACGAAUCCCACGCAGACCGAGUUCCAGACGACAUGGUGCUCAAGCCCAACACGUACUACAUGCCGCAUCAUGGAGUAAUUGGUCGUGAUGCCGUCACCACCAAGCUUCGGGUUGUUUUUGACGCGUCAUCUCAUGCUCCCGGUCAACCAUCCUUGAACAACGUGCUCAUGAAGGGGCCUAAGAUGGAUGCCGACUUACUUAAACUUUUGCUCAACUUCAGGAUGCAUCCAAUAAUCAUGGUGGCUGACAUUAAGAAGGCGUAUCUUCAAAUCAGCAUUCGCCCGGAAGACAGAGAUGCGCUGCGCUUCCUAUGGGUUGCUCGUCUCCCGACGGAACACGAACCAUUUCCGCCAAUCGUUCGCUGGCAAAUGACCCGCGUGCCCUUCGGCGCUAAGUCCAGCCCCUUUCUCCUAGCAGCAACGUUACACCAGCAUUUCCGAGUCUCCGAAGAGCGAUUCCCCGAAACAGUGGAAUGCCUCCGACAGUCAUUUUACGUCGAUGAUUUAGUCAUCGGUGCGGACAACCUGCGGACGGCUCAACGGAUUUACUCGGAGGCGAGAAUCAUUCUAGCGGACGCCGGCAUGGAGCUUCAUCAUCUGUGGAAGCGCUGGCGCAAGGAGUACCUGUUGCUUCUGCGAUCGGCCCACGAAGCGGCACCCAAGACAACACCACGGCUUCAGGUUGGCGACAUCGUCCUGGUGCACGACUACUCACCAACAAUAACGUGGAAAAUGGCUCGAGUGACCUAA